UGUUUUUUUGGCGGGAAAGACGAUGGCGGCCGAGGAGGACGACGAGUCGCGGAUGGAGUUGGAGCAGCGUCUGCGUGCCGCCGUGCACUACACGGUGGAACGUGUGUUGGAGGAGGAGGGGGAAAAAGCCGGCCUCAGCUUCAACCGCCAGGUGGUGGCCGCCAUCGCUGAGACCACCUUCCACCAGUGCAGUCUCUUUGCUCUGGACCUGGAGGCCUUUGCUAAGCACGGCAAGCGCACCACGGUCAACUGUGAUGACGUGAAGCUGCUGGCUCGGCGGAGCAAACCACUGAAUCGCUUUGUGGCUGAGGGGAGCUCCGCUCUCUCUGAUGAGCGCCAGCAUCGUCGUGCCCAAGCCAAGGGUGAUUCCUCACGGCGCCGGAAAACUAAACAGACUGGGGCUGGUGCGGCCGAGUCGGAGGGUGACAGCGCAUAGCCAUAUCAACAGCACACCACACAGCUGUUACCAGCACACCGCCCCUGUCGGUGUAUAGCUGUGUAAGCAGUCAGCAGUUUAUCACAACUGUCGACACAUAACUAGCUGUGUCACUGGCACACACAGGUGUCAGCAAAUAGCUGUGUCGACACAAAGCUCUAACAGCGCACAUAGCUGUCAUUAGCACGUCGCUCCCUUCCCCGUAUAGCAACACCACUUUCCUCUGCUAACUGUUGUCCUCUGCGAACACGUGCACUUGUUUGUCAUUAGUAUCUUGCCAGUGACCUGUCUGUUGUGGUGUUGAGUGACGUGAUGUAAAUUGAUUAGCAUUGUAGCAAGCUGCUUAACGCUUUACAACUAUGGUUGUGGGUGUCUAUGGAUAUUGGCUCUGUCUGUCGGAACAUUCAUCUGGGGGGUGGGGGGGUGGGGUAUGAUAAUUGAGAGUGAAGCUGUGUUGUGUGAACUUGCCCUGAUAGAAAACUAGCCAACGGGUUGCCAAGUCCUGCAGACAAAAACCAGUGCUGAAAGGCACUGGUUACAUCCCAGUCCUGCCGACCGAGGUCCACAUGCCCUCUCUCCCGGCAGAGCUGCUAUCCGAGCCUCGUCACAUCACACAUCGCGAUCUACGUAUAUACCGGUUCCUGCGUGCCUCGUGUGAAUGCUACCGUUAUUAUCGCCGAUUUAAUACUUCCGAGGAUCAACACGUGUUGGAAAGCCUUGCAUGGCCAACGCGUAUGUAUAAUUUUUCUUUGUCCAUUGUAAAAUGCAUGUAGUUUACAAAUAAACGCCUGUACACAGCU